GAAGGAAGAGCCCUUAACACCGUCUACAACAUAAUUUCACGUAGGAUUACUCCUCUGGUGUUUCCAGGCCAGGAUUACUCUCUAUCCAGCACGUCUCCUCGUCCAUCCUUUGCCAGUGCGCCUGGUUAUUGUCGGUUUGGCCAGUGAUUCAUCUCGUUCCGUAUCGAUGGAGUCAGAAGCCAAACGCUUUAGAUCAAGUGAGCCACACCCACCAGCGUCGUCCGAUGAUUUUGAGUGCCGCCGAUAUCAGACGCCUGAUGGUUGUCCUUUCGGCGACAGAUGCCGCUACCGCCAUGGUCCUGAGGAUUCAAGGGAUUUAUUCCCCGACUCAAAGGCAAAGCCUUGUACGAAGUUCUUCAGCACUUCAGGCUGUCCGUACGGCGAAGAAUGUCAUUUCCAGCAUUACAUCCCUGGUGGUAUAUCGGCUCUCGGAAUUACACCAAGAUCUUCCAUGCCUCCUGGAAUGCCCGGACCUGGAGGCCCUUGGCCACCUGCUGGAAGUCCCAUGGGAAGGGGACCAGGUUCGGGAAGGCUCGGAGGAGGACAUGAAGGAGACGCUUCUAAGAUCUGCAGGCGUUUCACGGCUCCCGGAGGAUGCCGGUUUGGUGACCGUUGCCAUUUCUCGCAUGUAGAUCCUGACGCCAUGGCCAGAUCCCGUCCUCCUGGAGGGAGAGAUUUUUUGCCUGGCGACGGGUACGGAUCAGAUAGAUUUGGUGGAGGCCAAUGGGAAGGGCCUGGUGGAUUUAAAGGAGGGAGUGGCUUACCCAUGGAGCCAGUAUCGCCUGGGAGGGGCGGAGGCGGUCCUAUGGGUCCUGCCUCCGAUUUUGGAUCUACUACCAGUGCCAAGAUUCCCAUCGACGCGUCUCUCGUCGGUGCGAUUAUAGGAAAAGCCGGUUCUGUAAUCAAGCAGAUCCAGAGGCAGUCAGGAGCGCGGGUAGCUGUUCGGGAUCAUGAAUCCGACACCAACCUCCGCAAUGUUGAAAUGGAAGGAUCGCUUGAGCAGAUCGAGUAUGCGACUAGAAUGGUCCGGCAACACUUGGCAGAGAGAGCUUCUCAAGGCCCUCCCAGGGGUGGAGGGGAUGGGUUUGGCUCGGGACCCCCCCACGGGGGUGGUGGAGGAAGGGGACCUUCCAGCCUCGGUCCACACAAUUACAAGACGAGGAUGUGCGAGAAGUUUGAAAACGGGACCUGCACGUUCGGAUCUCGGUGCCAUUUCGCUCAUAACCCUGACGAGAUUCGGUCUGCGCCGCCAAGAGACUAAUCAGUGACGGAUCAAGGGCGUUGCCUAUUAACUUCAGAACAAUUUAACAGACGAAUUGUGUGCUGGACAAAUCGGAGCAGCAGUCCCUGCAAUUCACGAAUGACUUCACUCCACUCAAGAAAGCUUCUGGAGGAAUUACAAAAAGCCAUCAAGCUGAAAGAUGCUGGAAAACUCAAGUCGGAGGAGAAUAUGGAAAUUGUAACACUGGAAGAGGAGAGGGAAUUUACUCCAGCAGAACUACCAACUCACAAUCAAGCCGAAAGGAAGUGUGCUAUCUGCAUUGAUGAGUUUUCACUCAAAGGCUUGUUAUGUGCAACAUUUUACAUUUUACAUGAAGACCACAUCUGAUUAGGUGUUGAAUGUGCAGAACUGAUUAGUGAUAAAGCAGAGAAGUGAUAAUGGAGCUGCUUGGCUUACCUGGAGGGAUCUGGUCUGCAGUGCAGGGUCUAGUACGGUUUUGCAGGAAUGGUUCUUCAGGAAGAGUGUUGUUGUGUAGGUUUUGAUUUGAAGUUGUUUUGUGCUUCUGAUGGCCAAACAAUAUUUCCAUAAUGCAAGG